GAAAUACGUCCACAAAACGUGUAUUACUGGUAAAUUUUAGCUGAUAUGUAUUCGAGAAUCGCGUCCUGUCUUCAGCGCGCGUCAAUGAUGCCGCGUAAAACUCCCACAAUCCCCUAAACUUGACGUCAAUAUGGCGGACGAACUUGAAAGUGUAAAACGCGUCUAGUUUGUCUAAUUUAAAGUAAACACCAGCGUCCUCGGCGUCGACUUGGUCCGAAAAUGAAAAUUUGCCCCCCUCUCGUGUGAAAUCGUGCACGGCAGCAAAAUGACGAACGAACAGGGAGUCACCGUCAAGCAGGAGGUGAUGGACGAGGAGGAAGACAACGAAAUGGACGUGGACGAAGACGUCCCCACUUUAGGCCCGGCGGCGCUGGGGCUGCAACGGGUCGGCGCCCCGGCCGCCCCCAAGCCGCCUCCCUCGCAGCCCACGCAGGUGCUCAACGCCAGAGGCAUGCCAGCACGCAUCCGGAAGAAAAACAAGCUGUUCUACGACGACGACAUCGUCAACACGCCCCACCACCGCGUGCCCUCGGCCAAGAAGCUCAAGCAGACGCCGACGAAAAAGACCAAAGUGAGCACGCCGACGAAAGUGAAGGAGACGCCGAAGAAGCACACCUCGAGGGACGUGAAGCCCCCGAGGAACGUGUCGCCGCCGCCGCUGCAGUCGCCCGACCGCAAAAUCGGCCAGAAGAUAGGGCUGCGGCUGCGGAACGUGCUCAAGCUGCCCAAGGCGCACAAGUGGGUCUGCUACGAGUGGUUUUACAGUGACAUCGACCGGUGCUUGUUUUCCGGGGAGAACGAUUUUAGCAUUUGUUUGAAGGAGUCGUUCCCGGAGCUGAAGACGCGCGAGUUGACGAGGGUGCAGUGGACGAAGAUCAGGAGGAUGAUGGGCAAGCCGAGGCGGUGUUCGCAGGCGUUCUUCCACGAAGAGCGCCUGGAACUAGAGAAAAAAAGAAAAAAAAUCAGGGCUUUGCAGCAGAGAAAGGCUACGGAAAUGUCGAGUUUUAAGGACUUGCCCCCGGAGAUCCCCAUGCAGUUGGUUAUCGGUACGAAAGUCACGGCGCGGUUGAGGAAGCCCCAGGACGGGUUGUUCACCGGAAGCAUCGACGCCGUCGACACCUCCAACAACACGUACAGAAUCACGUUCGAGAGACAGGGUUUGGGGACGCAUUCAGUACCUGACUACGAGGUUCUUUCGAACGAGCCGCCGGAAACCAUCUCGCUUUCGAGUUUCCAAAAUAAGUUCAGACCUAGAAACGGAUUGUCGACGUAUCCGCCAAAAAUGUCGCCUUACAGUAAUCUGAAGUUCAAAAAGGACCCGCUCUUGUCGGGUUCCAUGAUAAACAAGCCCGUUUUCCCGCAAGAGGAGGGCCGGAUAGGGGGCUAUCCCACCAAGCUUUUGGAAAAAAUGGUUUUAAUAACGAAAAUUUUGAACGUGAAAAAGACGAAAAUUAACGAGUUGAAAGCGAUGAAUGCUAAAGCGGAAAAGUAUAAUUCUUUCCACACUGAGAUCCCAGAGGAGUUUGAACGAAAUUACGCGGGAAUUUUGAUCGACCUUGAGAAACUUAAUCAUGAUUUGCAGAUAUAUUUGGACGAUAUACAGUCGCACUGUCAGGAGAUCGCGCCGGAGCCUAGCGUUGCGGCGAUGUUGGCCCCCAGUCAUCUCCGAGAGAAGUGUAGAGAAGAGGCCACGGAUAUAGUUCAGAGACAGAAUUCGAUAAUUGCCGCUGAUAAAGAUCCAGUGAGGAAUCAGUCCAUUUUGGACUUGAUCACGGAUCUUACGGCUUUAAUGUUACAAGUGAAAAGUCUGGCAGACUCGGAUCAAAAUGCGUACGAAUUGCAAGUUUUGCAAGGGACCAUGGAGCAAAUAAAACGAAAGCUCAGUCCCGACAACCAGCUCGUGUUUCAAAAUUCGGUGGAAAUUCACAUGAAGCACAUACAAGUUGGUUUAGGACAGAAUCUUGAUAAAAAAUUAAUUGCAAAUUGUGUCGCAAAAAUAUAACACUCCUUGAAAUUGACUUUCGUUUAUAUUGCAGAUUUUAUUUUAACGCAUAUGAUGCCGUGCAAUAUCAUUUAUUAGAGUGGUACAUUUCAGUUUAUUCUUUUAUCUAAGCUGAAUUAUCAGUGGUUUUAUUUAUAGUUAUUAUAAUUGUGUGUCUUUAAGCCGCAUGUGUAUAUUUACCUGUACAAUUAAUAAAAUGUAUAUAUGGUA